CGUCUUUUUGCUUUGCUUUGCUUCUCUCUAUCUGCGCUUCUUCUUCUCCGUCGAGUCUCUCUCCCGGAGAUAAUCGAAUCGCAUAAACUCAAUUCGCCAAUUUAGCUGAAUCGAGAUGGUUUACAUCGAUACGUGGGACGAAUUCGUGGAUCGAUCUGUUCAGCUUUUUAGAGCUGAUCCCGAAUCUACUCGGUAUGUGAUGAAGUAUAGACACUGUGAUGGCAAGUUGGUACUCAAGGUUACUGAUAACAAAGAGUGUCUCAAGUUCAAGACAGACCAAGCACAAGAAGCAAAGAAGAUGGAGAAACUGAAUAACAUAUUCUUCACCCUGAUGGCUAGAGGACCUGACGUUGAUCUUUCUGAAGUCACCGGGAAAGAGCAAAUGGAGACACAACCUGUGAAGAAAGGAAGAGGAAGGAAGCAAUAAUUCUGAUGAAUCUGUUUUUUGUUUUUCUUUGUUUUCAAGAUUUUGAUCCAUUUUGUUGGAUAUUUUAAAGUUGGAGGUUGUUAUAUGGAAAAUACAACUUUGAUCCAAAAUGCUAAUCUUGUAGUCAUAUCAUGUGUGGUUCUCUUCAAGCUUUGGUGCAAUUUAGAGCAUAGUUGUUCAA